AUGCGCCUUUGUCUAAAGAGUGGUUCCUGGUACCCUUUACCAAAGGAGGCAAAGGCUCAGGUUGCAGCUUUUCUCAGGAAAGCUGGAGAGGCAGUGCAUCCAGAUGCAAACGUUAGGUUCAUUAUCGCCCCACAUGCCGGUCUGGUGUACAGUGGCUUGACUGCGGCGCACUCUUAUUCAUCCAUCGACCCUACACGUUAUACCUCAGUUGUUAUGUUAGGUGUUUGCCACGCUUUUCAUCAACGAGGCCUGUCUACGAGCCCAUUUGCGUCCUGGGCCAAUCCGUUGAUGGAAAAGGGGUCGCCAUCCCUCUCUAUGGAGACAAUUCCGGGUCUUCCUAGUUGCCAAAAAGAUGAUUGUGAGGAAGAACAUAGUCUAGAGUUGCAAAUACCUUUCCUCGCACACGUGUUUGCUAACCAAAUUGAGGCUGGUACCGUCAAGUUUUCCGCGGUGUACUGCAGCUAUGGUGCUACAAGGACAGAGAUUGACUCCCUGAUGGACUAUGUCACCGAACACAACUCGCUUAUCGUCGUGUCCAGUGACUUUUGUCACUAUGGUCCACGGUUCCAAUUUACACCGAUGAUACAAGGUAAAACAGCGAAUGAAACAGUCACAAUGCUGGAUAAUAAGUGCAUAAAUGGAGUUAUGCUGGGCGCAAACUCGUUUGAAGAGGCUUUGAAAGAAACCCAAAACACCGUUUGCGGACAAUACACCAUAUUGACGUGUCUGCGUGUUUUAGAGGGACUCAAAUUGGACGUUAAGAAGGAGUUAUUGUUCUACACCAAAUCUGAUGAGCCAAGGACGGCCCGUGACCACUCUGUUUCUUAUGUCUCCAUGCGAGGUAUACAGGCAUGCUGA